GGCUUCAAGGUCUUCUCUCUUGUGACCACAAAGCGCGCCAUGAUGGAGGGCCUGCGUCAUCAUGUCAUGAGGCUCCAGCAGUCCAAGGAGAGAGCCCCGGUCAAGAUUGUCAACGAGUCCGAGUUUACACGCCCCAUCAGAUUGCACCGCCGCGAUCCCCGCGCCCCACCCGCCGGCGCAGGCGCGACUGUGAUUGACGAGGAUCCCGAAGCUACUCUGGAGGAAGACAAAGAGCGGGAGAGGGCCGAGAUCCAAAAGGAGGAGCGUAGACGCCAACGCGAGGAGAAUCAAGCCAAGAUUGCCCCGUCUACCACAAAGAAGAUGCCUGCUUUCCAGAAGAAGACUGAGCAGAUCUAUCGUCCAGAUGAUACCCCAGAAGCACAGAAGCGGUCUAAGCUCCGAUACGAAGAGGCUCUUCCAUGGCACCUCGAAGACUUCGACAACAAGCAGACAUGGGUCGGAUCGUACGAGGCAGAGCUGUCUGAUAAACACAUCAUGAUUGUUCCAGACCACAAGACUGAUGGUACUCCUCAAUACCGCAUGGUGCCGCUGGAGCGCUGGUACAAGUUCAUCUCCAAGAGCAAGGGAAAGCAGUUCACUGCCGACGAAGCCGACAAAAAGUGGAAUACUGUUGGUUCGGUGCCCUCCUUCAUCAAGAAUACCGAAGAGCGCAUCAUCAAGCGUGAGCGUGAGGAGUAUCAGAAGAAUAGGGGCCCUGGAAAGAUGAAGACUCGGAUCGCUGGCCGUGGUGAUGAUGACGCCCCACCCCGAAUCGGAGAAGACGGCAUGAUGAUCAAGGUCGAAGAGGAUGCAGAUGACAUCGACUUCAACUAUGAGGAUGACUUUGCCGACGAUGAAGAAGGCUUGAACGGGUUGUUCGAAGGAGAUGCGGAGGAGACCAAGGCCGCCGAAGAAAAGAUUCGUCGCGAUCGUUUGGCUGCUCGCAUCUUCGACCUCCGAGACGAGAGCAAAGUCGACGUGCAGGAGGAGCUCGACAAGGAGGAAGCUGCUAAGCAGAAGGGAUUACAGAAGCAGCUUCGGAAAGCUCUCAUGAAGCGAGAGAAGAACUACGACUACGAACAGUCCGAUUCUGACCGCUACGGAUCCUCAAGCGAGUCGGAGGAUGACUCCGAUGUGGAGAGGCAGAAGGAGAAGGAACGACGGGAGGAGGAGGAGCGGAAGGCUGCCGAGCGGCCUGGUGUUGCUAAGGAGGGUGACAAGCCCGCGUCCGGCGCGUCUACCAAGGGAACGAACACGCCUUCAGGCCAGCACAAACCUGUUGAUGUGUCCAAGCCAAACUCGAAGAAGCGUCCUGGCUCACCUAACCUCUCGGAAGCAAGUGGAAAUGAGUCUGCUCGGAAGAAGCACAAGAAGAAGCAUCGAGACGGGUCAGGGAAGGGAUCACUCGUAAGCGUAAGACUAUCGGACGCCCAAGGGGCACAAAACUCCUCACUCCGUGCUGCCGGAAGUCCUAGCGACUCGGAAAUCACAGACGGUGGUCGUCGGAAACAAUCGCUAAAAUUGAGGUUAGGUACAGGCAGAUCUCCUAAUGGCACCCCAGGCGGCAGCCGGGCAGGUAGCCCAGACACAGGUGCAGAACGCAGCAGAGCCACGAGCCCUCUCUCCGCCGCCGGUUCCACGCAAACGAUGCCGGGCUCGACAAUACCUGUCCCCACCAUCGAACAAAUCAAAGCCUUGCUCCGUCCAGAAGGCGUGAAGAUCAACGAGAUCAGCUCCAUAUUCAAAGGCCGGCUUGCACCAAAAGACAACCACGCCUUUAUCCAACGUGUGAAGGCGCUCUCCGUCUUCGACAAGGACAAAGGAUUGCUCUUCCCU